UUUAUUUAAACCUCUAAAAAUUAUAUUCCAACAAUGGCCGAUCGAAAAAAGCGAGCAGUUCCAGUUAUCCUAUUGAAGGGACGUACCGCGGACUAUGAAUUUAGUCAAGCAUUGCGUCAGAAUAAUUUGAAUCCCAUUUACAUAGCGCCAUCGCAAGUUUUUAUGAAGAACUUGGGCUUGUUGAAGGCCAAGCUUGAGGCGCCGCACAGAUAUGCCGGAAUCAUCUUCGCCGGACCGCGCAGUGUCCAGGCCGUGUACGAGGCAUUGGGCAAUAAUGGUAUGAUGCCAAGUUGCUGGCGUGCCCUGCAUAACUAUGCCUUGGGCGGGAAUACCCAUAGCAGUGCAUACAUGACUCUACGCAACUUGCCCACGCUUGGGGAUCGUGCGGUGAGUGCCCACAAUCUGUGUGAUCUGAUUGUGGAGACCAUUGGACCGAAGAGAGACUUGCCACUGCUCCUGCCCUGCGGAAAUGAGGCUAGUAAUACGCUGCGUGUCCGAUUGGUCGCCCAAGGAUUUCGCGUGGAUGCCUGUGAAGUGUACCAAAAUCAAACCCAUCCGAAUUUUAAAAACGAAAUGAAAAAGGCCCUCAAGUCAAAAAACCUGGAGACUAUUGUCUUUUACAGUCUCGCCAGUGUGAAGAGUGCCUCGGAGUUUUUCAAAAAAUAUAUGAUUUCUGUCAGCGACCGCAAACUGAUUGCUGUUGGUGCCGCUGUUCAAAAGGCCAUGAUGGAGGCUAAGCUUCCUGUGAGCGCUGUAGUGGAUUUCAAUAGCGUGGAUCAGUUCAUAGACGCCAUCAAACACUAAUUUAGAUUUGUUUUUGUAACUGUUUGUAUUUCUGGUAUUUGGCCGAGUAAAGUCGAAAUUUAGUUGUAA